AUGAUAUACUCAACAGACAAAGAAUGGCUUGAGAAAUGCCGACCUGAAGCUUUGCCUGUUCCACCGUUUGACCGAUAUGUCUAUAUGCUUGAGGGCCAUGUGGUAAAAAAAGGGCUGAAGCCUGGUGAGCUUGGCUUUGAUGGCUAUCAACCUGACGUAUUGACGAUUCCGCAACGUGAUGAAAACGAAUUACACACUCUGGAAAUUGUUCGUCAGUACACGAAUAUUCCAGUACCGAAGCUUAUAUACGAAGGGAACGGGUUCAAUGUCUUUGAGCGAAUCCCAGGCGUCACAAUAUUUGAAGGUCCGAUUUGGGAUUCUAUUUCCCCUCGUCAACAAGAAGGGAUCAAGCUCCAAGUGCAGAGUUAUAUCAAGGAGCUUGCAAAGAUUCCAAACCACACUGGUGGUGUUCGAUCGUUAAGUGCUUCUGGAGAGAUUAUUCACAACCAGCUUCCUCACCGUGGACCCUUUAUAUCCACGAAUGAUUUCCUCCGUUCAUACGACCAUGAAGAUGUACCUCUAAUCCAUCAAAUCAACCCUUCUAGUCUGCCAGUAUUGUCACAUAUGGAUUGGGAUCUCUCAAACAUUGUUUUGCAUCCAAAUAUGGAUGCAGUUGCGGGGGUGAUUGAUUGGGAAAGAGCGGCUUUCUUUCCAGAAGGCGGGCGAAGUAUUCAUCGCAUGUGCCAUCAGUGGCGUGGAUGGGAGACCCUGUUCGACGAUAUUCAAUUUCCAGUAGAGAAUUGA